UUGAUUGCUUAAACUGACUCUCGGAAUAUUUCCAACCGUCUUUCUGAAAACGGCUGAAUCGGAUUUCUCUCUGAUUUUGCUUUGCUAAAUAAAUUUCUGAGUCAAUCGGAUCGUAAUCGUAUGUUGAGCUUCCUCAAAACGAUUACAGAGUUUGGUUUCUCUUCGAGCUUUCGUCGAUUGUGUGAUUCGAGUACCAAUCGAGACAUGUCUUCCCAAAUUAGGGCACUUAAGAAGCAACCGCCGGAGCCUCCGUCUCCGAUUUCUUCACUCCCUGAGGAACUCUUCCUCGAUAUCGUCGCUCGUGUCCCCAGAUGCUAUUACCCGACUCUCUCCCAAGUUUCCAGGCGCUUCCGAUCACUCGUCGCGUCCCCCGAGCUUUACGCCAGACGAUCCUUCUUCGGGCUCACAGAACAAUGUCUCUAUGUCGCCAUCUCCAAAGAUCAGACCUCCGAUAUCCACUGGUUUACUCUUUGCCGGAAUCCUACCAGAGAAGAUGUCUCCGGGAAGACUGAUCAUCGCUUGGUCCAUAUCUCCUCGCUCCCUCCGAUGCCUCUACAUGGAAGCUAUGUCGCCGUCGGGUCCAGCAUCUUCGUGAUGGGUGGGUUUCGCGACUGGAAGAUCACAUCGAGUGUUUCGCUCAUCGAUUGUCGCUCUCACACGGCCCAGCCUCUCGCUGACAUGCCCAAGGCGGUCGCUGGUUCGGUCACACAGGUCAUGGGUGGCAAGAUUUAUGUGAUCGGAGGAUCAGAUACUCUCUCGCCGAUGAAAUCUCCGUCGAAAAGUAUGAUGGUGUUUGAUACACAGACGGAGACUUGGAAGCUUAAGACGAGGCCAGAUUGGGAGCAAGGGAAGAAAUGGUUUAGCAGUGUGGCAAUGGGAGGUAAGAUGUACAUGAGGACUUGCUACAAUAGCUUCGUUUACGAUCCGCAUGAAGACAAUUGCGAGAGAGACGAGGUUCUGCACUCCAAGGAGUGGUCGAGUUCGUGUGUGAUAGAGGAUGUCUUGUAUUACUACGAUGUUCGUGGGAAAUGUCUGAGAGCUUAUGAUCCAAAGCAGAGAUCUUGGGGAGUGGUGAAAGGUUUGGAAGGGUUAUUGCCUGAGGGUUGUUCAUGGUCAAAGACUGCGAGUUACAACGGAGGGAAAAUGGCCGUGUUCUUGCAGAAGGAAGAGAUUUGGUGUGCGGAGAUUGCGGUGGAAAGACGCCAAGGAGGAGACUUUUGGGGUAUAGUUGAGUGGUGUGAUGUUGUGCUUGGUGGGAACUUUCACAUCAUGGAUUGUGUAGCUGUUCCUGUUUUGCUCUGAUAUGUAUUUGAUAAGAGAUACAAAGCAUAUAGAUAGAUAGAUAGAUUGAUAGAUUUGUGCGUAGCUUUAUAUGAAUAUGCUCCAAAUCUUCCCUGAGAUAUGUUUCGUAGACGUCAAUGUUUGGUUGUAUCGUGUGAUGUGUUUCUCAAAUAAUAUGUUGCAAAUUUCUUGGU